AUGAGUGUUAGAUCAUUGAGAUAUUCGCAAAAUAGUAUGAGGAAAAACAAAACCGAACCUGACAAGCUUAGCAGAUUCUACCCUAAUGACAUGAGAGGUACUUAAAAAUGAAAUGUUUCUUAAGGGCCAUUCAAAUACGAACCUCUUUAAAAUAUUGCACAUCCAAUAUAACCUGAGGAUGAUAUUUCAAUAAAAGAUCCAACUCUGAAAACAGUUGACAAAUCGAGGAUUUCUCAAUCUUUUUAUCAAAAUAACUCUCCACAAUUGAGCUUCAGAUCGAGGACUCAAAAAAGUGAACCCGAAGAGAGUCCAUUUGUUUUAAGUUUUCCACCGAAAUAGCUCGAGAAUAUGCGUAAAAGAACCAAGAGCAGAUAAAUAUUUAACUUUGUCGAGAAAUUGAGAAGAAAGUUCAGAAUAGACCACAUGGCUAAGAAAUUUUAGUACCUAUACGAUUAGGAAAACAAUUUCGUAGACUACAGUUGUAAUUAUAAUAUCAUAAAAAGAGGGACCUUAUUGCCAUCCUCGAGAAUACUGCAAAGUUGGAAUGUGGCCUUCUAUAUUUUGUUGCACGUGAUACUGGUUUUUGUGCCUUUGUCCACAGUUUUGGAAAUCUAGGACAUCAAUUACGUCUGCGUGGGGUUCAAAUUAAUAGAUGUCGGAAUUCAGUUAUGUAGCUCCUUCACUCAAAAUGGGUUAUUGAUAACGAAUUUCAAAUAAAUAUCGCUUAGAUACUACAAAUAGUUUUUGUGUUAUGAUGCAGUAUAACCUUCCCUAUAUCCAAUAGAUUACAAUAAUAGGAUUCGUGUUCUUGAACACACUGCCCUCAUCGAUUAAAUACAUAGUACUUACACUGAUAGUGGUCAGUUAAAUAAGGAGGUAUUAUGAGAUAGAGGUCUUUUUAAAAUUGUAAGUAACUGAUUUAAUAUUUAGUGAGUAUAACUUGUUCUCUCCUCCUUUAUAAAUAAUAAACAGUAUUAUUAAGAUAGUCCUGCUCAUUCACAUAAUCACUUGCUAUCAAUAUGGACUAUUUUAUCACAGCAAUUCGUUAUUUGAUUCUUAUUUGUCCACCUUCAGUAUAGUGAUUUCUAUAUAUACUUUCAACUCAAAUUACCUACCCAACGGCUAGAACGAAAUGAUAUUUUACAGUUGUGUUGCCUUUAGUUCGGUCCUUAGUUUCGCCUAUUUAUUGACUCAGUGUCUAUAUCUGUUUAAGAAUGCGAGAUUCGCUACCCAAUUGAGUGAGUUUUUGGCUAUCAAUAAAUUGGAUUCGAAUUUGAAGUGCAAAAUCAUAAAUCAUAUAUUAAAUCAGCCUAAGUUUUACCAUAACUAGUUCGUCUCAAAAUUAUCAGGACAAUUGCUUCAGGAAUUCAAUACCAUACAGAGAUUCCAAUUGCUUACUAAAUAUUUUAAAUACUAUAAUCAGCACACGAUAUAGACCCUCAUCAAUUUUAGCGAAGAUGUUAUAUGUUAACCGAAUCAGAUAAUAGUAACAGAAUCUGAAUACGAUGACUGUUCGUUGUACUUUAUAGUGGAAGGCAAUUUUAAGGUCGUCAACAAGAUGGGAGUCCAACUCUAAAUAUUGGGAGUAAUAUAGUAAAUAAUUUUUUCAGCCAGAAUAAACGUUUGGUGAAAUCUCAUUUUACACUCAAUUGCCUAGAUCUGCCACAGUCGUAAGUGAAGGAGUCUGUAGGUUGUUGAGAAUAAGGAGAGACAUCUUCCUCAAACUCUUGACCUUCAGUGACAAAGUACUGAUAGUCCCCUUAUUUUUAGUAAUACUUCUACAGCAUGAGGGACAGAAUCCUCAUACACAAAGAUUUGCCAUGCCAAUGUUUUUGCUGUUCCUCUUAUGAUCAUUUGAUAACCAAAUGUCCAUUGUUAACAUUUAGACCAGACAGAGAAAAGGUGAUUAAAUCACUGAUAUAUCCCCGAAGGAAUUUGAGACAAGAAUGUACGAAUCUUAAUAAAUGUUUAAGAUAAACGGAGAAAAAGCAAGGACACAAAGGCUUAUGAAUUUGUAAAGGAUGCAGAAGUGAACCAAGAUUAUCUAUUAUAAUUGUAUUCGGAUAACCAUUUUCAAUCCUCAAAUCAAUUUAGUCAGUCCAAUUUGCCAUAUGACGAUGUGUACAUCAAGGAGAGUUAUGCAUCUGCUCAAAGUUUCAGUAGAGUAAGCAGAGAGAAAUCGCUAUUGAAAAGUACAUCCCUAUUGAGAGAGAAAUCAUUACAUGACUAAUAAUAAUCUAUCAUGAACGACGUGUAAGUAUUUCAUCUAUCAUUUUACAGUAGCAACUUAGAUACGACUGAUAAAUAAUACAUCCAACAUCAGGGGGAAAUGGACGAUGAGAAAUUCAUCAGUCUUGUGAGGAAGGAUUAAUAGAAGAAUACAUUUGCAACUGCUGGAUUCGGAAAUGCUGGAUAACAAUCUAUUAAAGAUUAGAAAUCCUUGAACAUCAUCGUGGAGAAUGAAAGUUCAGAGAAUUCUCCAUCUUUAGAAAAUGCGUUGGAUUUGACUAAUUAAUUACAGAGAAAUAAGGAUCCAAAAUUAACAUUCAAUUACAACUUUGAUAAUCAGAUGAAUGAUUUAUAGAACAAGUAUCAACAAUAUCAAAGAAAUGCCACUGAAUCAAAUCACUCAAUGAUGCGAUAAGAUAAUCGACAACCUUCCAUUCGAUAGAACUCCUCAAGAUCUCAAACUUACAGUCCGAUCACAUCGAACAAUAUCACUGCCAAUUCAUUUAGAUCUUAAAUGAAAUAAAAUGACAACACCCAAUCAGCUUCAGGUCUUCACAGGAGGUUUGUUUAUUCAUCAUUACACCAUCUAGAUCCAUAUCAGGAGUGGCUAGAUAGUAUACUGACAGUCCAGAAAUCUAAAGUAGAAGAGGAACCAAUCGGAAAAAGUCAACCAAAACAGGAACGAAGAUCUCGAUAGCUCAUUCGCAGUUUCAACCAUUCAGUGGAUUCGAUGUAUAAAAUAAGAUCUCUUAUCAAUCUUGUAGAAUCCUGUGGGCUUUACACUUGGGGACAAUGAUUUUGAGAAGCUGUACUUAUUCGAAAUCUAUCUGCCUUACAACAAUUAUGACAUUGUGAUCUUCAAGUAAAUACACUAUUCACUUUCCUUAGAUUCAAUCAGUUUAACAGGAGUAAACAAUUAAAAAGACUCUCUAGAUACUUCUUUUCGUUCAAAUUAGCCCAGUAGAUCCAAAGAUUGAAAGCCAAGUAAUCAUUAUUAAAUUAGCAUUUAAGAUAGCACAAUACAAUAUAGAAUUGA